UGUACUGCUGCUGGUCACGGACAAAAGGGCACGGAUCCAGUGCUCUGGAUCGAUCUCGGGGCAAAGAAGUGAUGUCAUACCACUCAGCGCAGCAAACCUUCCUCCUCGCGGAUCCCGCCGCAGGCGAAUCCACAUGUUGCGCUUUUCUGCCCCCCGUUUUCUCAACCCCGACCGAAGCUAAGAACACACGCUCCUAGAAGAGGAAAGGAAAUGGCUCAAGACGGCCGUGGGCGACCUUCCAUGGAGGCGCGGCGAGCGAGCGCCUCGGUUGCCGACCUGGGGCCCGCGUCGCAGGAGGGGUGGGCGCCAGAGCAGCAGGACACGAGGCUCACGAGAGCCCAAAGUGUCGGAUCCCGGGGACAACUCGCCCGGCGGAGCUCUUCUCUAGAUGCCCCGCUCCUCCGGAGGCAGGAGACCGUGACCCGGGAGCAGCGUCAGAUCGAUCGGGGCGCCGCCCCUGCAGUGAGGUUGGAUAUGGAUUUGGAUGUCGAGAUCAACCUCAAGGCGAAAAUAAAGGGCCGGAUUGAACUGUCCAUCCUGUCAGUUGUGCGGGUCCAACCUGCGAUGCUCGGGACCUACGACCUAACGCUAAUCUGACCAGUACUGCGGAGCAAGAGAGCCGGCUACGACGCGGAAGGCACCAACAGUAAUGGACAGGCCCGCCGAGGAUGGCAAUAU